AUGAACUUUGAGGACAAGAGCGCCAACACGGUCCAGUCGCUGCUGGCGCUACUGCGCUCGACGCAGGACGAGGAGGAUGCGAGUGCAAGUGGGAGCGCAGCGCCGCCUCCGCGUCCACCGCAGCCUGCGGCGCAGCGCCCGUCAAGCUACCACCAGCACUGGGCGCCGCCCGCAGCAACGUCAAGUAGUAGUAGCGGCGGCGGCGUGCCGUCGUCCAAGGCCAUCAGCGACCUGCUGGCCCAGCUUCAGCCCGACAAGCCAGAGCCGCCAUCAUCCGCGUUUGACGGCCCGCGCAAGGGCCUCAUCGACCCCUUUGGGCCUGUCGCCUCCGAGCCAGCAGACAAAGGCAAGCGCAAGGCGUCUGACGUAGCGGCGGCGGACGACCCAGCAGAAUGGUCGUUCACACGCUGCCUGCCUGUGCUGACCGAGCUGCUGCGCGACGACGAGUUUGUCAAGGAGGUCAAGAAGAUGAAAGCCGACCAGGACGCGCUUGAGCGGCGGCUCUGGGCACGCAUGGAGAAGGUCAAGGCCGACCACGGGAAGAAGAACGCGGCCGAGCGCGAAGUGGCCAAGAUCACGCGCAAGCCCGUGUCGGCGGACAAGCUCGCGCAGUGGCAGCGAGAUCUGAAGCGUACGCUCGACGACUUCUUCACGACCCAAGUGCUCCCAGCGACGGACGGGCUCGCGGCGCGCCAGCGCGACCGGCUGAUGGAGCUCGGCGUGCCCGGGCUCGGGCGCGCGCCGGCCCACACCGCGCCCGGUGCUGGGGAAGGGAGCGCCGCGCGCCCCAUCAAGGUCGGCGCUGGCGCCAGCGCGGCCGAGCGCGAGCGCCGCGCGCUCGAGAAGGAGCGCAUCGUGCGCAUUAUGGGCGUGCUGGAAGGCGCUGUGGCCGAGCACUAG